CGUUCGGUUAUUCCACUUGUAUUUGCCUACCUAAGGAAAGAAUAAAGCUACGCCUAGCCACGCCAAUCAUCUCACCCCACUGGCUAGAAUAUUUAUACAUUUGAAUGCCUGCUCAGUCUUCACCUUUUUCUACCGCCUCUCCCCAAAGCACAGUUCAUUGCAACCUGUUCCUUAUUCACUUGCCAACUUUGGAGCAAAUCUGUGAAUAGCGUCAUGCUUCUAUCACCUGCAUACUCUGAUACAUUCGAAAUCAUGUCUGGCCCCCCGGAACAUCCUGGACAACUAGGACGAGUUGGCGAUUAUAUGGACCCGGCAGACCCUCGUUGGUCUGAUAUUCAUUCCUCUCCCUUCCUUGGGGUAUCUCACCCCUACCAAACCUCACCACAUGGAUCGGUCAUGUUGACAACCAACAGCUUGGCUGAUAAUGCAUAUAUUCAAGCACGAUCGAGUCCUGCGUUGAGCCAUCAUUCCCAGGAAUAUCCAUACAUAGACGAGACUGCUGUCUCGCAGGGGCUAGGCAUCACAAGCCCAUAUCAAGAUUUUAUUUGCGGUCCACCAUCUUCACCAAGUUUCAACUAUCAGCAUCUCCAGCAGCAGCAGCAACCGCAACAAACAAUGGACUUUUACAAUUACAGCCCGUCACCGUUCCCCGUAGAACAGCCAAGUGACAAGCGCCCGAAGCGACAAGUUACAUCGACUACUCUCCCAUCACAACGUAAUUCGCCGGUGAGAAUUCUACCGCAUCCCGAUGGCCUACAACGACUUGAACACGAGCGCCGUGGCGGACAAAUGAUAGAUCCGCACCAACUAGAGCCCCAAAAGACUCGACCUCUUGGUAGAGGUCGUCGGGACCCCCAAGCUGAGGAAGAAGAUGCGUUUGUUGAGAACCUUCGAGCGCAAAAUUUAUCGUGGAAAAUAGUGGCCGAGAUGUUUCGCGAACGAUACGGCAAGAAUACUAGCGAGGCACGGCUUCAGAUGCGCAUGUUGCGAAGGAGAAAGAGUGCGGCGGCGUGGCAAGAGACCGAUAUGAACAGUGAGACGCACAAGAUUAAAUACUAA